UCGCGCAGCGCAGACGUGCGGUGUGACGUGGCACGGAGAGCGGAAGAGCUUGUUUGUGUUUUGGUUCCAGGGGGAAGUUGCGAGAAGAAAGAAAGGAGGAGACGUGACGGGAUUGUUGAAAUUGUUUUUUGUUGUCCGUCCAGCGCCGCCUCGCCACGGUGUCCCGUCGCACCAGUGGUAUUUAAAGUUGUGAACCGUCGCCCGGCUCUCAGCUGAAGUCCUGAUAGCGAGGUCUGGCCCGCAGGAUACCAGGGGAUCUGUCUAGAUCAUGGCCAAUCGAGGUGGAGCUACGAGGCCCAACGGACCCAAUGCAGGCAACAAAAUCUGUCAGUUUAAGCUGGUGCUGCUGGGGGAGUCAGCUGUGGGGAAGUCGAGCUUAGUGCUCCGUUUUGUCAAGGGCCAAUUCCAUGAAUUCCAGGAAAGCACAAUAGGAGCGGCCUUUCUCACUCAGACGGUGUGUCUAGAUGACACAACGGUGAAGUUCGAAAUCUGGGACACUGCAGGUCAGGAGCGUUACCACAGUUUGGCGCCGAUGUAUUACAGAGGAGCACAAGCUGCCAUUGUGGUCUACGACAUCACAAACGAGGAGUCCUUCACACGUGCAAAGAACUGGGUGAAGGAGUUACAAAGACAAGCCAGCCCUAAUAUAGUCAUCGCUCUGUCCGGCAACAAAGCUGACCUCGCCAACAAGCGAGCUGUGGACUUCCAGGAUGCGCAGUCCUAUGCAGAUGACAACAGCUUACUCUUUAUGGAGACAUCAGCCAAGACGUCAAUGAAUGUGAACGAGAUAUUUAUGGCUAUUGCAAAACGAUUGCCAAAAAGUGAGCCCCAGGCUCCUGGACCGAGCAGCGGGAGGAACCGGGGAGUGGACCUUACAGAAACCGCCCAGCCGGCCAAGGCUCCCUGCUGCAGUAACUAACAUCAGACGACACCCCCGAUCUCCCUGUAUAGCAGUAACUAAUGCGGCCAACGCCCCCAAUGCCACUGCAGUUACUAAUUCAAUGUGUCACCUAUUCUCUGAAACAAGAAGAGAUGCUCCGCAUCCCUCAACUCUUUUUUUUUUUUUUUUUUUUCCUUUUUUUCCUCUCGGUAGCAAAGUGAACACCAUGACUCUGAUAUCACUUCAUGGCUCUGCCUCUUCUUCCUCCGUUGUGGUUCUGCUGCUACCUGGUGAAGCCUCCUAACCACUUUGUCUUACUUUCCGCCAUCUAGCUUCUUACGUCUAUCAGUUGCCGUUGAUGGAAAUGUGAUUGCAGAUGUUAGACACAUCCUCGCACCUGUCAUCGGAGAUCUAUUUAGAGGAAGUGAUCGCUUCUCUUUCCUGGGAUAGCGUAAGAAUUUAAUACAGCAUUUCUAAUAGUCUUCUGGUUUAUGUUUUUUUGGGUAAAAGUGCUGAUUAUCGUUUACUUAAACUUUGUCAAGGCAAUGGAUGCACAUUGUUGUAAAUUAACGUGGCCACAAAUAGAAAAAGAAGAAGAAGAAGAAGAAAAAAAACCUGUAACCUUUGUCUGCAGUAGCACAGAAGAAAAAAUCUAUUAGGAGUGUAUUCUUGUGAUUCUGAGAAAGAGGAUGGACAAGUUUGCAGAAAGAAUAAUGGGAACUCUGAGCUUUUCCUCUCUAGUCACAGAGACCAUUUUUAUCGUGAAUUUAAAAAAAAAGAAGAAGAAGAAGACGUGGACUACAGUCCUGUUUAAAUUUCUCUGUCAUCCUCUC